AUGACAGCAUCAUUAUCCAAUCAAUUCCACCAAACUUGCAUUCUUCUUCUUCUUCUCAUAUCGUCAUUAGUUGUUGCCAUCCCUAAAUACAAAGUUAAUCUCUUUGCUGGUGUAUGUUCAGGUUCAAGCUGCACUGGAGGUUACAAUGUGGCCAACGGACCAUCCACAAGUACACAACUCAAUGGCCUAUGUGGUAUGGCUCUCACAUUAGAUGGUGGAACGCUUUAUUUUGCUGACUACAAGAAUCAUGUUAUUCGAAAAGUAGUCCAUGGUUACAUUUCAACCGUCGCUGGCGUGAUUGGCUCAGAAAUGGAGCUGUGUACAUUGCAGACAAUGGUUUAUAUUGCUGACUAUGGUAAUCAAAGAAUUCGAAUGAUAUCCAAUGGUUACAUACAAACUAUUGCUGGAAAUGGUCAAGUUAAUUCAACAGGUGAUGGUGGACUGGCAACCCUUGCUUCAUUAUGUGAUCCAACAAGUGUAAGAGUUGCACCAUCUGGAAACGUUUACAUCUCUUAUUUUGAUCAUGAUGUUAAUGCUAUAAGAAAAGUAGACACCAAUGGAAUCAUUUCUACAAGUUCAAACUUCCUCCACUCUAGGCAACAAUCAUUUGAUCGUCAAUGA